AGGCACGUGAAGGACUACCGGUAACUGAUUGAGACGAGCUUUAAAACUUUAUACACGGCUUUUAUUCACUUUUUUUUAUUCAAAAGAAAAAAGGACGAACAGAGAACAAAGUGAAAAAUGUCUGUGGUUGGAUUUGACGUUGGGAAUCAGUCUUGUUAUAUCGCUGUUGCACGUGGAGGUGGGAUUGAAACGAUCGCCAAUGAAUACAGUGACCGAUGUACACCGAGUGUGGUAUCUCUAGGAGAAAAAUCAAGACAGAUUGGCACAUCUGGAAAAAAUCAGAUGAUUUCAAACCUGAAAAAUACUAUAAGUCAGUUUAAGAGGUUAAUUGGUAGGAAAUUUAGUGAUCCUGUUGUGCAACAAGAAAUCCAAGACUUGCCUUACCAAGUGGUAGAACAGCCUCAAGAUCAAAUUGGUAUCAAGGUGCGAUAUUUAGGUGAAGUGGAAGUUUUCUCUCCAGAGCAAGUAAUGGCAAUGCUAUUUACAAGACUAAAAACCACGGCAGAGAUAGGUCUUGGUACUAAAGUAACAGACUGUGUUGUAUCGGUACCUAGCUAUUACACAGACAGACAGCGGCGAACAAUGCUUGAUUCUACUGCAAUGGCUGGUUUGAAUUGCUUGAGACUUAUGAAUGAUACAACUGCAGUGGCCCUUGCUUAUGGUAUUUACAAGCAAGAUCUGCCGACAGACAAAGCAAGGAAUAUAGCAUUUGUUGAUAUGGGACAUUCAUCACUGCAAGUAGCCAUCUGUGCAUUUUUAAAAGGUCAACUAAAAGUGCUUUCAGUUGAUGCUGAUCCUACCCUUGGAGGAAGAGACUUUGAUAAAAGAAUAUGUCAGAAAUUCAUUGAAGAAUUCAAGCAAAAGUACAAGCUAGAUGUGUUAACCAAUCCUAAAGCUAAAGUUAAGCUCACAAAUGAAUGUGAAAAGCUUAAGAAACUCAUGAGUGCCAACUCCACAGACAUCCCAAUCAACAUUGAAUGCUUCAUGGAAGACAUGGAUGUGACUGGAAGAAUGAAAAGGGUUGCAUUUGAAGAACUCUCAGUGGAUCUGAUACAAAGAUUUGAAAAACCUUUAAGAAGAGCUCUAGAGCAGUCAGGAUUGAAACCUGAUCAACUUGAAGGUGUAGAGAUAGUUGGUGGUUCAACUCGUGUUCCCAUAUUGAAAAAUAUCAUAAAGAAUGUCUUUGGAAUGGAGCCAAGUACAACAUUGAAUGCCGAUGAAGCUGUUGCCAGGGGAUGUGCAUUACAAUGUGCAAUGCUUUCACCAACAUUCCGUGUACGAGAAUUUUCUGUCAAUGACAUUGCACCAUACCCAAUUGUUCUGACAUGGAAAUCUCAAAGUGAAGAAGACCCAGGAGAAAUGGAAUUGUUCACUCCCAACCAUCCAUUCCCAUUCUCCAAGAUGCUGACCUUUCACCGUAAAGAACCAUUUGAUCUUGAGGCUCAUUAUAAAAGCUCAACAGAUUUGCCAAUCAAAAAUGGCUUCAUUGGUCACUUUUCUGUCAAUAAUGUGGUACCUUCUCAAGAGGGUAGUUCAUCAAAAAUCAAGGUUAAAGUGAACAUGGAUGUUCAUGGAAUAUUUAAUGUGAGUGGAGCACAGCUUGUUGAGAAGAUUGAAUGUGAGCCAGAACCAGAAGCAAUGGAGACUGCUCCAGAAACACAGAAGAAAGAAGAACAAGCAGAUGGGGAGGUCCCACCAGCAACUAAUGAUAGCGAGGAUGCCAAGAAAACUAAAGCAGAGGAACCCAUGGAUGUUGAGCAGGAAAAUAAGGCAAAUGGAAAAAAAGACAAGAACUCUGAAAAUAAGAAGGACGAAGGCUCUAAAGCGAAGAAGAAAAAACAUGCUGUGAAAACCAAUGAUCUUCCAAUACAAAGUGUUGUCCCUUCCCUAGACAAAAAACUCCUUAAUCUGGCUAUUGAAAAAGAGAACAAUAUGAUAAUGCAGGACAGACUGGAGAAGGAAAGAGCUGAUGCUAAAAACAGUGUUGAAGAAUAUGUGUACAAUAUGAGGAGUAAAAUAUAUGACAUGUAUCAAAACUUUAUAAGUGAUGCUGACAAGGAGAAAUUUCAGAAGGUAUUGGAUGAUGCAAAAAACUGGUUGUAUGAGGAUGGUGAGGACCAAAAAAAGAAGGUUUACAUUGACAAACUAGCAAGUUUAAAGAAAAUUGGAGAUCCAGUGGUGAACAGAUAUAAGGAAUCACUAACAAGAUCAGAAGCCUUUGAAAGUCUUGGGAGGUCAAUUCAACAAAUGAAGAAAGUUUUAGAUCUUAUAGUCCAAAAGGAUGAGAAAUAUGAUCAUCUAACUGAGGAAGAAGUAAAGACAGUUGAGAAAGCUGUGAAAGAGAAGGAAGACUGGUUAAACUCCAAGUGGAAUGCACAAGCCAAAAUACCAGAGAACAAAGACCCUGUUGUAUUAACAGCAUCCAUCCUUGCUGAAAAACAGCAACUAGAAACCAAAUGUAAUCCAAUUGUCAACAAACCUAAACCCAAAAAGCCUGAACCACCACCAAAAGAGGACGAAAAGAAAAACGAAAUCAAUAAAGAAGAAAAAACGGAAUCGGAGCCUAAAGAUACCAAGGAAGAUGAAAAAAUGUCUGAAGAUAAAUCUCCUGAAGAUGAAAAUAAAUCAGUAGACAUGGAUGUAGAUUAGAUACUACAUUAGAUAUUUUCAAGCAAGUACUAUAAUGGCUAACUAUGAAUGACGGGUAAUGAAGUGCUAAAUAAGAACAUGUUACUAUGGUUACGAGUAGCUACUGGAUAAACAUCAAGCAAGUACAAUAAUAAGCCGACUACAGCCAUGAUGAGUAAUGAAGUGCUAAAUAAGAACACGUUACAUAAACAUCAAGCAAGUACUAUGAUAGGCUAACAGUUAAGUAGAAGAUAACAACAGGUCAUGUUGGUUACUAGUAUACUGUACAUGUACAAGAUACUAUGUGUAGCAGUACUUACACUAGCGUCAUGUUAGUUACUAGUAUUACUAGUAUUACUGUGGCGUCUUGUUGGUUACUAGAAGUUCAUUCUUAUCAACUGCAUUAGGAUAUUUUUUAUUUUUGUUUAUUGAAGGAGAUGUUGGAUUAUUCCAUAAUAGGUUUAAUAAAACGGGUUAUUUUGUGUGUCUUAAGGUAACCAAUGGUUCAGUUUCCAGCUAGUACUGGACAAAAGAUAAAGUUUGCAGCUUUGUCAACCUAAUUGAAUAAAUAAAACACUGUGCACUAAGAUGAUAUCUGUGAGUCAGUGUUAUACUAUUGAUAAGGUAUUUUAUGAAUAUUAAAUUGACAUUUCUUCGUA